GAACAACAACAACGCAUUUCGAAAUUUGAAAAAAAAUAUUUGACAAAACAGUCCACAGAAAUUAAAAUCGUGAUUAAGAGGAGAUUUAAAAGUUAUUUCCAUAAAUGCGUUCAUUUAAACCAUUUAGUAAGACAGUAAAGAGCCAAAUUAGAUAACGAUCUGAGUGUAGAAGUCGAUUGAAAGCCCAAAAAAUUGAGUGUUAAAAAAAGUGUGUUAAAGUUAUUUGGCAUUUUUGGCAUCAAACGAUCUAUUUUUUUAUGUGAAAUCAUAUUUUUAUGUUUGAUAAAUACAUCUCGAACGUUUCUGAAAAUAUAAAGAGAGUCUCUAAAUUAUUAAGUGAUAUUUGGACAAAGUUCAACUCUUCUCAUCAUCCUGCUAUUGAAAUCAACUCGUCAACCUCGACUGCUGCUGCUGCAAGUGCUUUUGCUGUAAUGCCAAGGACUAAAAGAAGACAUCGUUCUAGAUCAGAAUCAAAUCAUGCUCAUAAAAAGCGGAGACGAGGUGAAUCAAAUGAAAGUAGUAGUUAUCAGCCAGUUGAAAGUUAUGAAGGAUCCAGUUCAAGACGGAAGCGAUCCAAACGUUCAUUCGAAAGGAAAGAAACAACAAGGAAGCAUCACAGAAAGGAGAAGGAAUAUAAAGAACGUCAUGAAUAUAAUACUAGAAGUAAUCAUCAUUAUGAAAAACAUACUCGAGAUAGGAAUAGAAGUGAACGUGAACGAACUCCACCACCAAAACAGAGAGAACCGUCAUUUAGGGAUGAUACAGACGGUCAUUUAAUUUAUCAUAAUGGUGAUGUGCUGCUAGCUCGUUAUAAAAUUCAAUCGACAUUGGGCGAAGGAACUUUUGGACGUGUUGUGAAAGUUAGGGAUGAAUUGAUGAAUCAUACGAUGGCACUUAAGAUAAUUAAGAAUGUUGAAAAGUACAGGGAAGCAGCUCGAUUGGAAAUUAAUGCUCUAGAGAAACUUUCGGACAAAAAUGCUACAGAGCACCUUUGUGUCAAAAUUCUUGAUUAUUUCGACUACCAUGGACAUACGUGCAUUGCAUUUGAGAUGCUUGGCUUAAGUGUUUUCGACUUUCUGCGCGACAACAACUAUGAGCCAUAUCCAAUGGAUCACAUCCGACACAUUUCAUACCAAUUAUGUUAUUCCGUCAAAUUUCUCCACGAUAAUAAAUUAACUCACACGGAUUUGAAGCCAGAAAAUAUAUUGUUUGUAAAUUCUGAUCCUAUGACGACCUUCAGUGCACGAAAAAAUCGAGACGUGAGACGUGUAAAAUGUACAGACAUAAGAUUAAUUGAUUUUGGAAGUGCGACAUUCGAUCAUGAGCAUCACAGUACAAUUGUGUCUACCCGACAUUAUCGUGCACCCGAAGUCAUUCUCGAGUUAGGCUGGGCUCAACCGUGUGAUGUGUGGUCUAUUGGAUGUAUCAUGUUUGAAUUGUAUGUAGGAACAACACUUUUCCAAACCCACGAUAAUCGUGAGCAUUUAGCUAUGAUGGAGAGAAUUCUCGGACCGAUUCCGCAUCGCAUGGCUAGAAAAACAAAAACAAAGUACUUUUAUAAAGGCAAGCUUGAAUGGGAUGAGAAAUCUUCGAAUGGACGUUACGUACGAGAUCACUGUAAGCCACUUAAUCGUCACCUUUUGUCUGAAACGCCAGAUCAUUUGCAACUAUUCGAUCUCAUAAGAAGCAUGCUUGAUUAUGAUCCAGUAACUAGAAUUACUCUUGAUCAAGCACUGCGUCAUCCAUUCUUCCAAAAACUACCACCAAAUCAACGUCUUCACGAACGAAAUGAUCCAUCACAGUAUAUAUCGGCUAGUAGUAGUCGCGAACGAUCGCAUAGCUUAUCAUUGCGCUAAACAUCAACAACAACAACAAAACAUUUUCGGCAAACAACAAACAAAAAUAAAUAAUAUUAAUUAAAUAACAUUUUCUAUUAUUUCACAAAAUGUUUCAUAAUUUUUUUUUUUCCUACUCUUUAAUGAUCUUCUAUGCAGGUGGCAUGGAACAUCAUGCGUCAUGCGUAUGUAUGGAAGCUUACCAAUUUCUAUUUCAAAAUUUAGAUAUAUUAAAUUCAAUUAUUAAAAAAUUGAGGACAUAAAACAUGAUUGUGAAAAACGAUGUUAAUGCAUAAAAAGAUAUUAUUUUAUUAUCCGCAGAGACGUAGCCA